ACUUUAUUCACUGUUGCCAGCUAUUUGUGUAAUAAUUUAUAACUUCUUUCUAACCUUAAUGUGUGAAAUUCAAAAUUGAUAUGUCUGUUUAUACAUGUUUGAAUUGUAAUAAUUUCAAAGUUUAUAGUACACAAGCAUCAUUAACUAGACAUCUAAAGGAAGUACAUGGGGUUUUUGAUUUACGUAUUCAAAGUUAUCCAAUCGAUACGUUUGAUUACAAAUGUUUAGAAGGAUGUUCCACAUCUUAUAAAAAUGCUAAAGAUUUAAGGCAACAUUUAGUUCAAAAACAUACUAUUUUAAUGGAUCAAGCAAUUUUCGAAUUCGAAGAAGAGGAUGAUUUCUUAAAUUGGAUGUCAAAUAUAAACAGUAAUCCUAAGCAACAAUAUUCCAUUACUGAAGAGCAAGAUAAAAAUGAACAUUUACAAAUAAAACAUUAUUCGUGUUUGUAUACAGAAACUACUGAUAAUGGAAGGACACAAAUAAAAAACAGUAAAUUACAAACUUUGUGUACUAGUGAAAUAAUCGUUAUUAAAAAUUCAAGAACUAAACUUAUAGUUGUUACCUGUUUCAAAACACACUAUGGACAUCCUAAAACCGCGGAAUAUAUAAAAAGUCCUGUUAAUUAUGUAACAAGAAGGGCAAUACAGUUAACUAGCAAAAUGCCUGAAAGGUUAAUAAAUAUAUCUGAUGAAAUUCCGAUGAAUGUAAGUAAAAGACAAUUGAAAGGUGAUACUAAAAGUACAAAGAAAAAACGAUGUCAAAAUAAGGACACUCAAAAUAAUAUUCUCACAGAGCAGUCUAAUUGGGAAUACUAUGAUAAUAAUAACACUGUCAGUACAUUUGAUAAACAAAAUACUAAUAAAAAGAAAUGUGAUAAAACAUCUUUAAAGAAAGACAUAAUUUGUUUGCUGCAAGAAUUGAGUGGAAACGAUUUCGAAAAAUAUGACAUAAAUACAUUAAAUAAUGUAAAAGAGACUCUGCGAGAAUGUUGUAGCUUUUUGAAUAGUUAUGAAAUACCCGAGGAACCACAGUCUACAGUUGAUGAUUCUGCAAUCCCACAAUACCCAUAUCCUCCCUCAUUAUUAUGGUUUUCAGAAAAAGAUAAUUGAUAUUUUAAUAUAGUUAAUAGAUUUUGCUUUUGUUAACAUUUUAAUAAAUUCUAUAAACUUGAUAUUCUCCCAUACUGUAAUCAUUUUUUAGCUGUUUCUUUUUUAAUAUGGUUUUAAAUGAGAUUUCUUUGAAUUCAGUAGAUAUGGAUAUUUCAACUCGUUAACAAGUCAUACCAAUUUGGAAUUUCUGGAAUUUAUACUGUUUACACCAUCACUAUACCAAUACUCACAAUUACACUUUUUGAAAUGUACCCAAUAAUAAAUUGUUGGAUGCAUAUGAAAUCAUUGAAAUUGCAAGACGUAAGUGUAGCUAGCUUAAAUAGGGACAAAGGGCCAAUUCCUUACAGCCUACUCCAUAGUUUGGUGGUCAAGGAAUGAAUGUGAAGAUUCCCGCCAAGGAGGUUUUCCCGCUGGAAUUAAUUUGCGCGGGAGGUUUAUUGGUGGGAAAAUUUAGUAUAAAACAAGUAUGUCAAGUUAAUAGAUUUUACGAGGGCCGUUUUUUUCGACCUCCGAUCGCUCCGUGCAGACGCUACGGGGGCAUGCGCUGUAGGCGACUGCGAAGCUCUCGCACUACACAGUCCGACUUUGUUGUCAUUCAGGCGUCAGUCGGCGUGGUGCUACAGCCACUUAAGCAUGUCCGCCAUUGUAGAUGCUCCCACCAAGUGUGAUUUAUUUUUUACAGGCUCAACGCCUACGUAUGGGGAAAACUUCAUGAGUGAUGGUGUCGAAAGUUGAAAGAUGGCCGUAAUGAUGUAUAUGAUGAAGAAUGCCAAGGACGCAAAACUGUCAUUUCAAGUUACCUGGUUCAACGAGUUGACAGAAAGGUUAAAGAAAACCGCAGUUUCACCAUUUCUGCUUUGUUUACGGAAUUUCCGGAAGUUUCAAGGUCUGUUUGGUUCUCUAUUAUUAUUGAACGGUUAGGCUACAUUGGUGGCAAAUUUCUUUGAAGAGGGUAUUGAAAAGCUUGUCCACAGAUAUGACAAAUGUCUCAAUCUCUCCGGUAAUUAUGUCGAAAAGUAACCGUAAGUGUACCAAUGUUGUGGUAAUAAAAUUAUUGUUUUAUUUGAACUUGUCUUUUAUUUAUAGUCUAUCGGAGGUUGAAACCAAAACGGCCCUCGUAGUUUACCUUCAGUCUCUGAGGACGAUAACUUGGUUAUCGAAACGCGCGUCAGACAGUGUAAUCGUGAGUGGUGGUGUAAACAGUGUAUUCAGUAUCAAGUCAUACGGUUUGACAUACAUAUAAUUCAUGAAGGUUUUUGUAAUUUUUGAAUGAUUUUGUUAAUAAUACAUCUUUUCAGUUAA